AUGUCGGGCAACUCGCUCCCUCGCCCUGCGCGCUCCUCGAUUGCGCCGCCCACAGGUCCGCUGCCUUCGCUGCCCGUCGCAAAGUCUCGCAGCGCCAAUGCCGGUCCCACGUCCCGCCCCUCACUGCUCCCCGGCGCCACAAACACCCGCACAGUGUCCUCCUCUGCCCUGCCUCACCGGUCCCUGUCAAGUUCCAAGCUCGCUUCCACUGCUUCGGCCUUGCCCUCGGACGAGGGCGGCUCUGGCACUGCAUCAGGCAAAGCCCUACGCAAGACCGUCAGCAUUGGCUCCUUUCCGCAACCCCCAAGGCAUGGCGGACGCUCCACGCCCGGAAGUCCGCUCGCGACAAGCUCCACGCCCGCAGCAGACGCUCCCGGCUCCAGAAUCUCAUCCGGAUCGAAUAAAUCUGUACCCUCGCGCGACAGCAGUCUCAAGAUGCCUCGGACCUCGAAUAUGGGUGGCGCGCGGGGUCUGCUGCCCAAGUCGCCCCUCUCCCCUCCCAGCCUACUCAACGGCAGCGCAGACUCGGUCGCCAUCGAGGCCGGACAUCUGAGUCUCCCCUCUCCGCCGCACAGCCGCAACUCGUCUCCCCAGGGCUCGUAUACAACAAGCGCGACUACCGCUGAAGAUGGCGAGGACGGCGCGCAAAAAGAUGGCAAGCCAGGCAAGGACGGAAAAGGCAACGUCAUUGUCAGCGUACGAGUGCGCCCGGACGCUGCAAAAGAUGGCAAGCCCGACUUGCAAUGGGAGGUCAACAACAAGCGCGCCCUGAUAGCCUACCGGGGCAAGGAGGGUGGAGACUACUACUAUGAUAACGUAUUCGACCCCCAAGAUAACAACGCACGCGUCUACGAUGCGGCAGCCAAGCGACUUGUUCGACGGGUCAUGGAAGGCUAUCACGGUACCGUUUUCGCCUAUGGCAUGACUGGAACUGGUAAAACUUUCUCCAUGCAAGGCACGGCAACCAACCCUGGUGUAAUCCCACUGGCCAUCACGGACAUCUUCUCGUACAUCCGAGAGACGCCCCAGCGUGAAUUCCUCCUGCGGGUCAGCUACAUUGAAAUUUACAACGAAAAGAUUAUCGAUUUGCUGGUGGGACCCCCUGCUGGCAUGAACGGUCAGACUGGGCCUGUUGAGGAAAUCAAGCUGCGCGAGGACAGCAAGCGUGGUGUUUAUGCGACGCCGCUCAAGGAAGAAAUUGUGCAGAGUCCGACACAGCUGCUGAGAGUGAUUGCCCGAGGAGACAACUCGCGAAAGGUGGCAGGCACACAGUUCAAUGCCCGCAGUUCGCGAAGUCACGCUGUUGUGCAGAUUGUCGUCGAAAGCAGAGAGCGAGCACCUGGUCCUGUAGCAUCGGGCGGGGACAAACGGUCAGCCAUUGUACCGGGUGGCGUCCGUGUUUCGACACUGAGUCUGAUCGAUUUAGCCGGGUCGGAAAAGGCUGCUGACAGCAAAGAGAGACGGACCGAAGGUUCGCAUAUCAACAAGAGUUUACUUACCUUGGGUACAGUCAUCGGCCGCUUGGCUUCUGACAAGGACAAGUCUGAAAAAGACAAGGGCAAGGGCGACAAGCAUCUACCAUACCGAGACAGCAAACUCACACGACUUUUGCAACCCGCGCUCUCCGGUAACUCGCUGGUCAGCAUUCUGUGCACGAUUCAAAUCGGCGCUAGUGGCAGUCCUGCAGCCGCGGCAAGCCAUACCGGCGAAACCUUGAAUACUCUCAAGUUUGCAUCUCGAGCUAAGAAUAAUAUUGUCAGCCACGCCAAGAAGGCCGACGACUCUGUUGGGGCUGGUGGAGAUGCCGGGAGCCGGGCGCUGCUGGACCGCUACAGAUUGGAGAUUGAAGACCUAAAGAGACAGCUUGCAGAGGGCAAGUCCAAGGAGACCAAGCAAAAGGAAGAGGAUGACGACUUGAGGAAAGACAAGGAGGAAGAGAAGGCCCGCGAGCUCCAAGACAAGCAACGACACGAAGAGCAGAUGCUUGAGAUGCAGCUGGCCAGGACUGCAUUGAAGGAGCGAAUCGAGCAUUUGAAUCGCUUGAUUUUGAGUUCAAAGUCACUUGGGGUCAACAAUGGCCGUUCUUUCUCAUCCCUGAGCCUGCAGCGCGGCUCCGUGAUGAGCAACACGCCCGCGGAUAUGAGGCCCGUGUCAAUCCGCUCUUCUGCAAGUCAUGCCACGCUGGGAGUUUGCAGCCAUCGAAAAAGCACGCCCCAGCUACACCUGGACGGUUCCGAAGAGGACGAUUCGAUCGGCGACAACGGCGACGGGUACGCAAGCCAGAGCAUACAGAUACAAGCACUGCAAGCCGACCUUUCGGACAAGAACCGGUACAUUGCUACGCUGGAAAAGCGCUUGUUGCACGCGCGAAGAGCAAGCCAUUCUCGCAUCUCUCUGUCAUUGACACACCGACUCACGAGCAGUGAGGAAGGCGGCAUGAUUGCAGCUCUUGCCGAGAGAGACAACGAGAUUGUGAAUCUGCGGGCACAACUCGAAGACAAGGAGCGAAUGAUUGCGGCCCUUACGUCAGCGCGCAAGAAGAGCGAAACAGCACACGACUUGGGAAGCGAAUCCCCCGGGAGCCGUCGCACUUCGGGCUACCAACGCAGUGCGAGCGACGGCAGCGCGAUCAGCCUUGCCCAGAAAGGCCCAACGUCGCCUGUUGGCGGCGUCAAAUCACACUUCCUUCCUGGGGCGACGACCAACGGCUCGACCAAGAACAUUGAAGAGAUGACACGCAUGCUUGACGAGAUGAUCACGGGUCGCGUUGAGAAGACUGCCAGGCGCAGCAGUUUGAUGCCAGUCACUGAAGGCUGA